AUGGUCCCCUCUCUUUCUUUCGUUAUCCCUUUUCUCCCCCUUGUAGCAAGUUUUGUGCACCCUGGCCUCCUCGUCUCUGAUAGCGAUAUCUCUCGCACCCAGAAAAAGAUCAAGGCCAGCCUGGAUCCAUGGACUACAUCUUGGAAUACCUUGACAAGCCUCUCAUUCUCUGACGCCAGCUACACUCCUUCAGCAGUUAGCGUUGUCUAUCGGAGUGCCUGGGAAGACAAUGCCGCAAACGCACAGCUCCUCUGGCAUGACGUCGCGGCAGCUUUCAAUCUAGGUCUACGCUGGAAGAUAUCCGGGAACACGAGCUUUGCCGAUGCCGCUAGCAAUAUCCUGCAUGCAUGGGCGACCAAUCUCACUGCAAUCGGUGGUGGCGAUGACAAGUACCUCACAGCUGGCCUGCAGGGGUAUGAACUCGCCAACGCAGCCGAACUCCUUCUUGACUAUCAGCCCUUCGUGGAUGAUGUCCUCCCAUCUGUCGUGGAAAUGGCCAAUAACAUAUUUAUCCCGAUGCACUACACAUGGCUGAACCACGAAGAGCCGUCGGAGCAUAAUAUUCUUCAUUUCUUCGCGAACUGGGAGUUGUGCAAUGUCGCUUCGGCGAUGGCUAUGGCUGUCAUAACGGACAAUCAAACAGUAUGGGAUUUCGCUGUGAAUUACUUCAAGGCCGGGGAUGGAACGGGCGCCAUCAACAAUGCUAUCACCAAUAUCGUUGAAGAGCCUAGUACUGGGACUUUACUCGGCCAAGGCCAAGAAUCCGGUCGUGAUCAGGGCCACUCAGCGUUAGACAUACAGCUUCUCGGUGUUAUCGGGCAGCAGGCCUUGAACCAAGGAGAGGAUUUGUUUGCCUAUAACGAUAGCCGGAUUCUCCGUGGAACGGAGUACUUCGCGCGAUACAACCUUGGAAACGACGUUCCCUUCGUCCCCUACACGAACGGUAUAGUCAGCUACACAGAGAUCAGCAAUGCCUCCCGUGGAGCCAUCAGACCUACCUGGGAGCUUCUCUACAACCACUAUGUCGUGCUGAAGCAACUGGACGCACCUUGGACCACUCUUUACCUCAACAACUCUCUUGAAUAUUACGGCGGGGCGGAGGGUGGUGCGGGCUCCUGGGGAGAAGGGUCUGGCCAUUACGACGGGUUGGGCUGGGGAUCAUUGCUCUACCACAUGGAUGAGUCUGAUGUUGUAUCUGCCUCCUCCAAAGCUGCUUCAUCUACGGCAAAUCUCAAACCAAGUGCGUCGUCCGCUACAUUGAGCUUGGCUCCUAGCGCAACGACUACGACUUCUGGCGUAUCCAGCCAAAGUUCGAUUGUUUCAUACUCAACCACCACAGAGUUUGCUGCAGUCUCUACUGUUUCUGCUGUUUCUGCUGUUUCUGCGGUCUUGGACACCGAAACAGCUACAUCAACUAUUGCAGCCAACAGUAGGACUUCCCCAUCUUCUUGUGACCGGCUUGAGCCCCUGUGUUCCCAAUGCAGGAGAGCGGGCAAGCCAUGUGGCAGCUAUCGGGAUGUGCCGUCUUUAAUGUUCCGCGAUGAGAAUGACAAGGCCGCUCGACGAAGCGCAGAGGCGAAAGCUAAGACCGAGGCCCGUCGAAGAUUGGAGGAUAGUGCAGCCCUAGAAUAUGAUAUACCCACCCCCGGCUCGCGACCCGACUGUUCUCCGUCAGAUGCAUUAGUCUGCAGGAGCAGGAGCCAAUCGAUUUGGACUCCGAGAAUUACUGCCCCGCUGUCCAUCCCAUUGGAGGAUCAGGGGCUGAGGUUCUUUAUUAACCGUUUUGUGACAAGAAUUGUCACCAAAGAAGAUGGCUCUUUACAGAUAGGUACUAUGAAGCCAUCUCCUGAAGUUGGGGCCAUUACUCUCGAUCAGUCGAGUCGAGAUGCUAUCGUCUCGGUCGGCCUCGCUGCCUUGUCCAAUGUCAAUAAUGACAGAGAACUGCGGAUAUUAUCUCGAGAGAAACAUGUUACGGUCAUCAAGGCUGUACGAGAAGUAGUGGAGAACCCCACUCAGGCCAAUCCCGACAGAACACUCCACUUGAUCGUAAUGCUGAGUCUGUACGAGAUGGUCAGCUGUACCCCAAACCAGCUCAACUCUUGGAUAGUGCAUAUGAAUGGUGCAGCCGCGUUACUCAAACAAUCCAUCUUUCGGUCAUCACUUACCAACUUGAACCACCGAGCUCACUUACAAUUCUACUUUGUCUCAAUUGUCAAGUAUUUCUCCAAGAGGGUUGUCUCCCCAGAUCUACUGAAUUGGUCUCCUGAUCUCAUACCAUCUGCGCCACCGGAUAUCUUACCAGGUGUCGACCUAGUUGACAUACUGAUAAGAUUUACGAAGUUCGAUGCACAUGUGCAUCACCAAAAGCCCGGUGCCAGAGCAGUAGUGAACUCAGCCCUAUUAUUUGAAGAUGAACUCCGCGAGUGGGAAACUCACCUCCCGAUCCACUGGUCCUUCGCUAUAAAAGAAUCCAACACAUACGAGCACACCUUUCGUGGCCAGUAUCAUGUCUACGCGGACAUGUGGGUUGCGAGAGCUUUCAACCACUACCGCUGGGCACGAUUACUGGUCAACGAGACCAUCGUAUCCCAAAUUUCGAAAAUGGCACGACCCACAGCAGACGAUGUAAUUCAACGGCAGCAAGCAUUGGACACGAUUUCUUGCAUGGCAGGUGACAUAUGCGCCGGAACUGCAAGUCAGGAAGCUAUCUUCGAGCAAGGAGUCAAUGAAGACCCGUCAGAUAUACCAUUGUUAAAUGGUACAUUCAUGCUGCUUUUUCCAUUAGGAAUUGCCGGGAGCGCAGCAGGGAUCCCCGAUGAAGUUCAUGAUUGGGUUGUUGAAGCGCUGGAGCGAAUAGGACGUAUGACGGGGAUCCGGCGAGCUUUGGAAAUGAUACCCCAACUGAAGAAAUCAGCUGGGAAAUGGAAACUAGAUCAGAAGCGAUGGAAUAGAAUAUAUGGCAUGAAUGAAAGUUAA